UUACCUUUUCCCCGAAAGUUUACAGACACGAGUUGUUGUACGUUUCGUCACAUUGUAUGAGUGGGCGUGAAAAAAAAAGCACAUACAAGUAGUUUGAGCAAAAAACAAUGUUCCUCGCGUAAAAUUUUUCCGUCCGGUGUGACACAAUGGAAGCUGAAAAAUCAACCGUCAUUGCCAGCCAAAAGGUAACCAAAGAGGAGGAAUAUGACUCCGAGUACUCAAAGUCGGACGCAAAGUUGCAGCAGGAGGCGCACGAGGAUUCGGAGAAGAGUGACAGGGAGGCCGAGGGUGCGAAAAAGGGGGCCAAGAGGAAAAAGCGGUCCAAAAGGGCCAACAAAAGCACGCGGGAGGGCUCACAGAAGUGCGAGUCGGAAACCGAUUGUGAGAAGACUGUUGUUGGUGCCGAGGCCGGCGACAUGCAAAAAGAACCGGUUGCCAAGACGAGGAGCAACGGAGAAGUGCCUGAAUCUCUGCUGAACAAUGUGCUGAAGCCCAGCGUUCCCCUUCCCUCUACCAUGCCUACUGUCAAAGGCUACGAUUUCAACAACGGGAUCAACUACUCGGAGCUGUUCAGGAGUUACAAGCACUCUGGCUUUCAGGCUACUAAUUUCGGCCUGGCUGUCGAGGAAAUACUCAGGAUGCUGGUAGCUCGGAGGAUACCGCUGGAGGAGGAGCAGGAGGACACUUUUGAGGAGGACGAGUUUAUCAGAAGGAGACACGGUUGUACGAUAUUCCUUGGUUACACCUCUAACAUGGCCUCCUGUGGUGUUAGGGAUACCAUUAGGUAUCUGGCAGAGCACAGAAUGGUUGAUUGUAUUGUGGCGUCUGCUGGAGGAAUCGAGGAAGAUUUCAUCAAGUGCUUGGCUCCUACGUACUUGGGUGAUUUUCAUUUGGACGGAAAAACUUUGAGGGACAAGGGAAUCAAUAGGAUCGGCAAUUUGUUGGUGCCAAAUGAUAACUACUGUCUGUUUGAAGAUUGGGUCAUGCCAAUUUUGGACAAAAUGUUGGAAGAACAGAAAAAGGGUACUCUGUGGACUCCAUCAAAAGUUAUUGCAAGGCUAGGGGAGGAAAUAAACAACAGAGAGUCCAUCUAUUACUGGGCAGCUAAAAAUAAAAUUCCGGUUUUCAGUCCUGCAUUGACUGAUGGAAGUUUGGGUGAUAUGAUGUACUUUCAUUCGUUUAAAAAUCCUGGACUUGUGGUCGAUAUUGUUUCGGACCUAAGGAGACUAAAUACGAUAGCCAUGAAAGCCAUCAGAAGUGGAGUAAUUAUAAUUGGCGGUGGAAUUGUUAAACAUCACAUAUGUAAUGCAAAUUUAAUGAGAAAUGGUGCUGAUUUCGGAGUAUUUUUAAACACAGCGCAAGAAUUUGACGGCAGCGAUAGCGGGGCGCGGCCAGAUGAGGCUGUGUCAUGGGGGAAAAUAAGAAAGGAUUCAAAAGCCGUUAAGGUCUAUGCUGAGGCAUCUCUAGUCUUCCCUCUGUUGGUGGCAGAAACUUUUGUACGUCAUUUUGUAUCAUACAAAAUGCGAGUUGUUUCUACUGUUUAAGUAUAAUGAAUUUAAAUAGAAAUUCAUAGUCACUUUUUUCUAGUCAAAUUUUUUAUGAAAACUUUUUAAAUUAAUAUUCAACUAACUAUUUCAUCGUUAAUACCAAAUUAAUACUAAUUUUUAAGGAGUUCGUUUGAGUUUCGGAAUAUUUUAUCAUUCAGUAAAUCCAGUUUUCAAAAAAUGCGCACAAUAAUGAUGAUACACUUAGUACACAUACAGUAUAGAUCGUAUUGCAAAUUCAUGCAUAUCUGAAAUACUUCGCAGAUGAGUUGUUACGAUAUAUUAGCGUGUUAAAACAUGCAAAACAUUUUUAUAAGUCUUCCUAAAACGUUUAUACAAUUGUCUUGCUGUAUAUAAAUAUUUAUAUACAAAAUUAUUUAACAGUAUAUUCUGUUGGUCUUUGAUCGUUGAGUUUGAAAUGCUUGUGUGAGUCAUAUUUUAGAAAACGAAUCUAAAUUCAGCAA